AUGGCUACCAUAUCGACAGUAAAAGUUACAGAAUUGCCAAGCCGUACUCCAGAUCCAACCACAGCAAGGGCUCACCAUGUAUCACCUCCAGGGACGGGAUUCAAGAAUCCUUGGCCAUCUUUCCAAGAGAACGAAAGGUUCGCUGGCUUCAAAUUGAAGUUUGGCAGCCAUCCCGAGAAGGACUUCGUACCCGUUCCUGAAGGUCCGAAUGGUACUCGUUCAGAUCAGCUGGUCAAGGUUGUCAGGCCAACAUGGGGCUUUGAACAGAAAGAUAAACUGCGAGCAACAUGGCUUGGUCACGCCGGCUUCCUGGUCGAGACACCAGCUGCACAUGGCUGCGAGAGAGGAGUGAGGAUUUUGUUUGAUGCCGUGUUCAGCGAACGUACGAGUCCUAUUAGCUUUGCUGGGCCCAAGCGAUACACCCCUCCACCAUGUAAGAUUGAGGAACUGCCGGACGUGGACAUCAUCUGCAUCAGCCAUAAUCACUAUGACCACUUAGACAUUCACACGGUCACACCACUGUAUCAGAAGCUGAAAGGCAAGGUGCACUUCGUUGCUGGACUCAAUAGCAAAGACUGGUACCUGCAAACCGUUGGCUGCACCGCAGACGAGGUGACGGAGCUGGACUGGUGGGAGAGCCGACGGUUUGGCAUUGAUGGCGUCGGUUCGGUCGAACUGACCUGUACGCCAGCACAACACUUCUCCGGCAGAACGCUUUGGGAUCAUGGUCACGCGCUUUGGUGUUCCUACGUUAUCAAGACUCCAGAGACCACAACAUCAUCACCAAAAUCACUCUACUUCGCAGGCGACACCGCCUACAAAUCACUCAAAGCUGAUAGUGCAUGUCCUGCUUUCGAGCAGAUCGGCCAGACUCUUGGACCAUUCGAUCUCGCAAUGCUCCCAAUUGGCUUGUUCAGUCCUCCCGAGUUCAUGAGUGCGAUACAUGCACACCCAGAGCAGACUCUUGAGAUUCACAAGGCUGUGAGGUCGAAGCUAAGCAUUGGUAUGCACUAUGGGACAGUCAGAGGUGGGCUCAGUGGCACUUUUGAGCCUGUCACGGAUCCACCUCGAAGAUGGCGCGAAACUGCUCAAAAGGAGGGGAUGUGGGCUGGUGGUGGGGUUGAAGGUGAUGGUGAAGAAGUGGAUACGAAGAAAGGCAGCUGCGGGCUAUGCCAUGUUGGCGAGACUGUCGCUGUAUGA